AUGACUCCCUCUCCCUGCGGAGCCAACAGCCGCUGUCAAAAAUGCAAAACCUUCCUGCAGGAGUUUUACAAGGAUGAUGAGUUUGGAAAGAAGCACUUUAAAUAUGGAACUCAGCUGACAAAUAUUGCCCACAGAGAGCAGGUUGCUCUCUACAUAGAUCUGGAUGACCUGGCAGAAGAAGACCCGGAGCUGGUGGAUGCCAUUUGUGAGAACACCAGAAGAUACACCAAUCUCUUUGCUGAUGCUGUUCAGGAGUUGUUACCUCAGUACAAAGAAAAAGAGGUUGUGCAUAAAGACUCUCUGGAUGUCUACAUAGAACACCGGUUAAUGAUGGAGCAGAGAGGCAGAGACCCUAAUGACACCCGGGACCCUCACAACCAGUACCCACCAGAGCUCAUGAGAAGAUUUGAACUGUAUUUCAAGGCUCCCUCCAGUGCCAAGGCUCGUGUUGUCCGUGAUGUGAAGGCAGAUUCAAUCGGUAAACUGGUUACAGUGAGAGGAAUUGUGACCAGGGUCACAGAGGUCAAACCCAUGAUGGUCGUAGCCACUUAUACCUGUGACCAGUGUGGUGCCGAAACUUACCAACCAAUCCAGUCUCCAACCUUUAUGCCUCUCAUAAUGUGUCCAAGUAAAGAAUGUCAGACUAACCGGUCAGGUGGCAGACUCUACCUGCAGACUAGGGGAUCGAAGUUUGUCAAGUUCCAGGAACUGAAAAUUCAAGAGCACAGUGACCAAGUGCCGGUUGGUAACAUUCCUCGCUGUAUGUCUGUGUUCGUGCGCGGAGACAAUACCCGUCUGGCCCAGCCAGGUGAUCACAUUGGCAUUACUGGGAUCUUCCUACCUAUGCUAAAAACUGGUUUUCGGCAAGUAGUGCAGGGUCUUCUUUCUGAGACCUAUUUGGAGGCUCACCGAAUCAUUAGGAUGAAUAAAACAGAAGAUGAUGAGCUAGGUACAGAGGAGCUGAGUGAGGAGGAACUACGACAGAUUACAGAGGAAGACUUCUAUGAGAAGCUGGCAGCCUCCAUCGCCCCAGAGAUCUAUGGUCAUGAGGAUGUGAAGAAGGCCCUGCUGCUUCUCCUGGUGGGUGGUGUUGACCACUCUCCCCGUGGCAUGAAGAUAAGAGGAAACAUAAACAUCUGCCUUAUGGGAGACCCAGGAGUAGCAAAGUCUCAGCUUCUGUCAUACAUCGAUCGUCUAGCUCCUCGCAGUCAGUACACAACUGGAAGAGGUUCAUCAGGGGUGGGUCUCACUGCUGCUGUAAUGAAGGAUUCAGUAACAGGAGAGAUGACUCUGGAGGGUGGCGCUCUGGUGUUGGCAGAUCAGGGUGUCUGCUGUAUUGACGAGUUUGACAAGAUGAUGGACACUGACCGCACAGCCAUUCAUGAGGUCAUGGAGCAGCAGACCAUCUCCAUUGCCAAGGCUGGAAUUAUGACAACUCUGAACGCUCGUUGCUCCAUUCUUGCUGCUGCUAACCCUGCCUAUGGGCGAUACAACCCCAAGAAGAGUAUAGAGCAGAACAUCCAGCUCCCUGCCGCCUUACUCUCUCGAUUUGACCUGCUUUGGCUAAUCCAGGACAAGCCAGAUCGGGAAAACGAUCUCAGACUGGCUCAGCACAUCACAUAUGUCCACCAGCACAGCAAACAACCACCAUCCCAGUUCGAGGCUCUGGAUAUGAAACUCAUGCGGCGAUACAUCACUAUGUGCAAGAGAAAACAACCUGCAAUCCCAGAAGCACUUGCUGAUUAUUUGACGGCAGCCUAUGUGGAGAUGAGGAAAGAAGCCAGAACCAAUAAAGACACCACAUACACAUCUCCAAGGACCUUGUUGGCCAUUCUGCGAAUCUCCACAGCUCUGGCUCGGUUGCGUCUUGAAGAUGUUGUUGAGAAAGAGGAUGUGAACGAAGCGAUGAGGCUAAUGGAAAUGUCUAAAGACUCUCUGAUGGGUGACAAAGGACAAACCACAAGGACACAGAGACCUGCUGAUGUGAUCUUUUCCACGAUUCGUGAGAUGGUUCCAGAGAAGGGUGCACGCAGCGUCAAAUAUUCAGAAGCUGAGCAGCGUUGUGUGUCCAAAGGCUUCACCCCAGCACAGUUUGAAGCUGCCUUGGAAGAGUAUGAGGAGCUGAACGUUUGGUUGGUCAACCAAGCCCGGACAAAGAUCACCUUUGUAUGA